CAAAUCCCAGCUGGUUAUUCUCCAUCCAGUACCCAGUCACUAAUCUUGUUUAACCUCUGCUCCAAACAGGAUAUCAAGGUCCCACACCUGACUUAAUCUGCAGCAUCCAGCAGGGACAGGUGGAGCUGUGGGUCGGUGAUGAUGAGGAUGGUGGGGAAAUCUCAGGGCCCAAGGACCUGCUGUCAGGAGGCGCCUGGCUGCUGAGCAGAGCUGAGGAGCAACCUCCUGCGGAUGGGGCUGCAGACCUGGAGCCAGCAGGGACUUCCCCAGGGAGUUUGGCUGAGAUGGACCCCCGGACACCUGAGGAGGAUCAGUGGCCCCAAAAGCAGAAGGAGAAUGUAGCGGUGAACCAGCACCGACGCAUCCACCUGGGCAGAAGGACACACCGCUGCACUGAGUGCAGGAAGAACUUCAUCUGCUGGCAAGACCUGUCCCAGCACCAGUGCGUGCGGCACUGCUGCACCAAGUGUGGGAAGAGAUUCAAGCAGCUCUCCAGCCUGGCCAGGCACUGGUGCAUGCACACAAGGGAGAAGCCACAUCAGUGCUCAGAGUGUGGGAAGAGCUUCUCCCGAUCCUCUCACCUGGCCCGACACAAGCGCAUCCACACAGGGGAGAAGCCACAUCAGUGCUUGGAGUGUGGAAAGUGCUUCCCCCGAUCCUCUGACCUGACCAAACAUUGGCUCAUCCACACAGGGGAGAAACCACACCAGUGCGCGGAGUGCGGGAAGAGCUUCUCCCGACCCUCUCACCUGGCCCGGCACCAGCUCAUCCACACAGGGGAGAAGCCACAUCAGUGCUCAGAGUGUGGGAAGAGCUUCACUCAGUCCUUGAGCCUGGCCCAGCACCAGCUCAUCCACAGACGGGAGAAGCGACAUUGGUGCUUGGAGUGUGGGAAGAGCUUCCCUCGAUCCUCUGACCUGACCAAACACCAGCUCAUCCACACAGGGGAGAAACCCCAUCAGUGCUCGGAGUGCGGGAAGAGCUUCAACCGAUCCUCUAACCUGGCCCGGCACCAGCUCAUCCACACCGGGGAGAAGCGACAUCAGUGCUCGGAGUGUGGGAAGACGUUCACCCGAUACUCCUACCUGGCUCAACACCUUCUCACUCACACAGGGGAGAAGCCACAUCAGUGCUCAGAGUGUGGGAAGAGCUUCACCCAGUCCUCUAACCUGGCCCGGCACCAGCUCAUCCACACAGGGGAGAAGCCACAUCAGUGCUCAGAGUGUGGGAAGAGCUUCACCCAGUCCUCUAACCUGGCCCGGCACCAGCUCAUCCAUAUAGGGGAGAAGACAAAUCAGUGCUCGCACUGUGGGAAGAGCUUUGCUUGUUUCUCCUCCCUGGCCCAGCACCAGCUCAUCCACUUGCAAGAGAAGCCACAUCAGUGCUCAGACUGUUGGAAAAGCUUCACCCGAUCCUCUAAUCUGACCAAACACCAGCUCAUCCACACAGGGGUGAAGCCACAUUAGUGCUGAGAGUGCAGGAAGUGCUUCCUCCACUCCUCCAAACUGGCCCAGCACCCGUGCAUCCAGAUCUGGGAGUGUCCAUCAUUCUGCCAGCAAUACAAGAAGGGCUUGGGGAUGUAUACUAGCUCAACACCCACCCGUGUCUGCAUCCAGGGAAGCGGUCUCAUGGUGGUGAGAUGCAGCAACAAGUUCACCCUUUGUUCAGCCCUCCUAGGGCACUGCAGAUCCCAAAGGACACAAAGGCUGGCCUCCCAGGAUUUAUGUGUAUGAAGGGUUAAAAGGAAACACUUCAGGCAGAGGCCAGCCCAGAUGCUGGGGGAACCAGUGAGGAGAAGAUCUUUGCAUCAGUCUUGGAGCCUGUGCCAUCCCCAUCGUUCUCCAAAAGCAGCUGGUGCUCCCACGCAGAGAAGCACCUGCACAAUAGGUGCCCUCACCAAGACAGCUGGCUCCAAAUGAUCCCCAGGGACUGUCUUUGGCCAACUCCCAGCUUCAACUUCCCUCCUGGUCCCAGGGUCCUUGUAUGUGAGGCUCUAGAGUUGCAGGAAGGAGGACAUAGAUUGCUAGGGACGCAUUCCCUGCCUUCCCCCCUGACCUUGCCUUUCUUCCCCACCACAUCACCCCUCUCCCAGGCCUGCACAUGCCCAGCGGGGUCUGCAAGAAACUGCUACUGCCACCCCGUGAGCCCGGUUUUGGCAGGUUUUGCUUCUCAGCCCCUUGUCACGACUCUGCAUCAGCAGGUGCCAGCUGCCCCCCUGCCCUCCUUCCCUUCAUGCCAUUCUUUAUAACAACUUCCUUGGUAAUCAAGGCCCAUGGAUUAACACGAUACCCCUGUGGUUGGUCUCUCUGUCCUCUGCAGAGCUGUGAAAUGGGAACAGACCAGGGCUCAGAACCCUUUCCAUGGAAGAUCUCUGUGAUUUCUCAGCUCCUUCCCUAUCCAGGGGAUUCACCACGAUCCAGGGGGUUUUGCUAAGCUGCACGAGUUGGUCAUAUUUGAGGCAUCAGACCCGUGUUCUUCUGUGCAGCCAAGGGCCCUGCCCUUUUGAAUGACCCUCUGGCCAGGGGGAAGUAGAGUCUCUUCUCUGGGUUGAAUGUGCUAGGUGGGGUAACGGAGGUGCAGCCUGUGACAGGUCCUGGCCCUUCUGUGGAAGGGCGGGGAAAGUACGAAGGCGUGCUCUGGGUGAAACGCAGCAUGUUGUAAUCUCCCAUUGGGAAUAUCUGAUGACAGCCCUAGGAUUGGUAGCUAUAGCAUGGUUUGAUUAUUUGUAUUGUCGUUUUUCUGUUCUUAAUCUGUAUUAAUACAUUUGCCUAUUAUCA